GCAUUUUCUGAGGCAAAAAACCGAAUUGACCCCCUGAAUCCCCUGAAUCAAGCUGUAAACCAAGUAGAAUCUUCUCGACGUGUUACUGUGUAAAAUAUCAUAUUUUGUGGUGUGGUUGAGGUGGAAAAUCGUCAGGAAAAGAUAGUGAACAUGAAAAAUUAGGUGAGUUCGAGAAGCUUCUGCUGGGAAGGGAUGUAAAAUCUAAGUUGCUCGAGUUUCUAGCUUGAUGACAAUGGCCACAUACGGAUGGGGAAGUACGGUAAACGGAGAGUUGGGCCUCGGCGGCAUCGAGGAGGACAUUAUCUUGACGCCGCGCGAGAUUCACUGGAUGGGAAGUGCAGAGCUGGAGCAAGCGGCCUGCGGGACAUCUCACACGCUGUUGCUCACAAAGAUGGGCACCGUGUACUCGUGCGGCAAUAACGACUACGGGCAACUGGGGCAUGAUCUCUCCCGGAAAAGGCCACGUAUGUCCUCGUUUAAAUUUAUCAGCUCUCUGGAGAACUACACUAUCACGCAAGUGUCUAGCGGAGCGACUCACUCCAUGGCGCUCAAUGAUUGGGGUCAGGUAUUCACCUGGGGCUCCGAUACUCACGGGCAGUUGGGCAACGAAAUGGGCUCCAUCCAGGCCACGCCGCGUAUUGUGCGCGGCCUGAGCACUAAGCAUGUUGUCCAGAUUGUCUCUGGACACUUUCACUGUCUCGCGCUGACCAACAGUGGCGAGAUCUUUGCCUGGGGCGCCAACAACUUUGGCCAACUGGGCAUUGGGCCGGGAUCUGAAAGGAUCACAAAGCCGGUGCUCGUGGAGGCGCUCAGUGGCAUCCCGAUCGCCUUUAUUUGCUGCGGAUCGAAUCACAGUUUUGCCCUGUCUACGUCUGGAGCGGUGUUUGCGUGGGGAAAGAACAACUGUGGCCAGCUCGGGCUCAAUGAUGACUGUCACCACGCCUAUCCAGAACAGAUCCGCGGCCUGAGGAGCCUCGGAGUGAGGAACAUCGCGUGUGGUGACGAUUUCAGUGUCUUCCUCACGGCUGAUGGGCGCGUUUUCACGUGCGGUCUGGGCACUUCCGGACAACUGGGCCAUGGCAUCAACAACAACGAGAUCACGCCGCGAAUGGUGCUGGAAUUGGCCGGCAGUACAAUCACCCAAGUGUCCUGUGGAAGAAAGCAUACGCUGGCUUUCGUGCCGUCCAGAGGCAGAGUCUAUGGCUUCGGCCUGGGACACUCUGGCCAACUGAGCAUGGCGAAACCCAGGAAUGUUUCUGUUCCUCAAGUCGUCAGUGGUCCUUGGAUUUCCGCCACUGGACAGCCAUUCAAGGAGGCAGACGAAAGCGGAGUUGGUGGGCCAAGUAUGAAAGUGAGACGCAUUUUUUCUGGCGGAGAUCACUGCCUCGUAUCCGCUGUAGAGAAGUCCAGCAACAUACAAUCUUAUGAUUCACGCAUUUAUGACGGAAAGACGCAAAUUUGUCAACUUUCUCUGGAACUGGCGAGUUCCUUUAGUGAUUUAACAAAAGACAGUAAUGUUGAUUUGGACGUGAUAUCAAUAUUGGAGGUGAUAUUCAAAAAUCAAGCUUGCCUUAACGCUUCAUUCCUCAAGGAAUCUGAGGAGCACAGACCGUGCACAUCCAAGAAUCAUGGAGUUGAUGUGGCCAUUGCGGAGAAUGCCUUCGAGUACAUUCGCAAAGUGGAGAAUGAGAGUAUAAAGAAUCUGAUUUGGGAGUCAAUUACAACGGAUUUGAUACAGAGUCUGAAGGCGAAGCCACCGGAUGUGGAGACAUUGCGCAUUUAUCUGAUCCUGCCGCUCUAUCAUGAGUUCAUCAACUCGAAAAAUUACUCUAAACUUCACACGCCCUUUUCUCAGGCAGUUUUGCGCUUAUCCGAGUGCCCAUCGCGGAUUGUGCAUCGCUGGUGGUCAGAGCAGUCUGUGGAGUACUUUGAGCGCUUAGUGGAGUGCUUCAAGGGUGUGGUGACGUACAUUCUGAACUUUCAAUACCGCCAAGAUGCCAGCAAUCGUCUCGUGAUUGGCUAUGAGAAGAAUCUUCACAUGGCGCUGAAUCUUAUGCUCAAUCUGUUCGUGUCAAAUCACAAAUAUCGCACACAGAAGGUAGCUCAUGAGGUGUUCUGUGUGAAUGAUUUGCACGAGACUGUGGAUAUCCAGAAAGACUACGUGAUGUGGCUCUAUGACAAGGAUAACAAGUCCUUCCACCUCUGUUCCUACUCAUUCAUAUUUGAUGUGGCGGCGAAGACGCUACUGCUGCAGACAGAUCAGCGCAUUCAGAUGCAGAACGCCAUGCACAGUGCCACAGCUGAAGGAUACAUGCAGAUGUUGGCUGGCGGACCAGCGCAAUCGCUUAAUCCAUUCCUCGUGCUCAAUGUUACACGGGAGAACCUUGUUCAGGACACCAUUGCAGAGCUUGGUCGGUACAGUUCGAAUGAGUACAAGAGGCCAUUGCGAGUGAAGUUCAGGGACGAGGAGGCGGAGGAUGCCGGAGGCGUUCAGAAAGAGUUCUUCAUGCUGCUGCUGAAGGAGAUUCUGGACCCUAAAUAUGGAAUGUUCAAGGAAUACGAGGAUUCGAGGUACAUCUGGUUCUCUAAUGCCUCAUUCGAGACCGCCAACAUGUACACACUGAUUGGAAUUUUGUGUGGUUUGGCCAUUUACAACUUCACCAUCAUUGAUCUGCCCUUCCCGCUGGUGCUGUACAAGAAGAUCCUUCAGGAGGCCGUGGACUUAUCGGAUUUGAAAGAUCUCUCACCAACUGUGGCCACUUCAAUGGAGACAAUGCUGGCUUAUGAUGGUAAUGACUUUGAAGAUGUGUUCCUCGUCACAUUCUCUGUCACUGAGGAGGUGUUUGGAGAGCAACGAACUGUGGAUUUGAAGCCAAACGGAAGGAAUAUCAUGGUAACUCAGGAAACGAAGAAAGAAUUUGUCGAUCUCUACAUUGACUAUGUGUUGAAUGAGAGUGUGAAGAUGCACUUCAAGGGAUUUGACUUGGGAUUCCAGAAGGUAUGCGGCGGAGGAAUUCUACAUCUCUUCUCGUCGCGUGAACUGAUGGCCAUGGUUGUGGGCAAUGAGAACUAUGACUGGUUCGCCCUGCAGGAGACGGCGCAGUAUCGCAAUGGCUACUCGUCCAGCGAUCAGACGGUUCAGUGGUUCUGGGAAGUGUUUCACGAGCUGAGUCUCAAUGACAAGAAGAAUUUCCUGCUAUUCCUCACCGGAUCUAGUCGUAUUCCCAUUCAGGGCAUGAAGGCCAUCAAGAUCUACAUUCAACCCACGCCGGAUGACCGCUUUCUGCCCGUCGCUCACACAUGUUUCAAUUUGCUGGACCUGCCGCGCUACAGGACAAAGGAGAAACUGAAGUACAAACUCCUGCAGGCCAUUCAGCAAACUCAGGGCUUCAGUUUAGUGUGAGAUUGCCUCAUAAUUUUACUCGGGAGGGAGUGGGAAAAGAUACCGAUCAAAUUAUAUAAAUAAGAUAUUUUCAUGAAAAUGAGUUUGUUUCAAUU